AUGGCUGUCAGUUCAACUAGGAGCGCCAAGCGUGCCCAUAGCCUGGCCUCUGUCACGAAAAGGGUGUCGAGCCUUUUGGAUGCACUGGCCAUUUUGGGCAACCUCUCAGCGCUCGAUGCUCCGACGAAGAGGAACCGCAGCACCCUGGUCGCGCGAGAGAGGCGGCCUUUCGAGACGCACAUCAAGCCGCUGCUGCAAGACCACACGUUCUCGGUGCGCUUUCGCAUGGAGUACGAUGACUUCAGGGUUCUAAUAGAUCACCUGCGACCUGCCCUGCAUAAGAACGAGAAGAUGGGGCUGCUGCGCAUCGGCGCCAUCCCGGUGGAGUACCAGAUCGCGAUGACGUUGAGAUGGCUCGCGGGGGGGUCCAUCUACGAGUGCAUGGACGGCCAUGUCAUCGCGAGGAGUACGGCAUACCACGUAACGUCGACCGUGAUCAACGCCCUGAAUGCCUGUCCGGAGUUGAACUGCAAGUGGCCAGAGGCUCGUAUGGAUGUCGUCCGGAAGUGCGUGGGAGCCAUGGAUGGCUUGUUUGUCCGGAUGAUCAAGCCGAGCGCGAAGGAGGUCGCAGAGCCCAACUUGUAUUACAACGGGCACAGGAAAGGCGUUGUCGUGGGCGACGCCGCCUAUGGGGCGUCCGAGCGCGUCGUCGUUCCGUUCCCGGGGACGAGCCUCUCCGCAAGCCAAGACGCGUGCAACAACUACGUGUCUCAGUACCGGAUGGCAAUCGAGCAGACCUACGGCAUUCUGGUCAGGAGAUGGGGCAUCCUCUGGCGCCCCAUGGAGGUUCGCAUCGAGAAGUUCGAGCACGUGGUCGCUUUUGACGACGACGGCCUCAUCAGCAGCGACUACUUCGAGACCGUUCCAGUGCGUACUGGGCGCCCGGUGAAGGACCAGGCUAAGGCGUCGAAGCCGAGGGAGGCCAUCCGCAAGGAGCUGGAGGUGGCCGGCUUGAUUAGGCCAGAGCACAACAUCGCCAGGAGCCACAACCGUGCAAGUUAGAGUGCUGUCGGAACCUUAAACUUGGCAGGGAGGGGAGGUCGAGGGCGAGAGCGGGAGUGGGGGGCAAGAGCGGGGUCGGGACCGGCGGCCGACGUGGGGUGUGUGUAUCACGGGGAUCUGAGUGAGGGUCAUGUGCGGUGGUGUGUGUGUGUGUGUGUGUGUUGUGUUGUGUUGUGUUGUGUUGUGUUGUGUUGAGUUGUGUUGUGCAUGUGUGUUUUACCCUGUGGUUUUAAGGCGGCAUUGUUUGGUGGGCGUUUCUUCAUCUUGCGUUUCUUUUUUUUUCUACGUGCUGGGUUAGGAUCCGACUAACACGUCCUCCCGCCAUCGAAGGUGUUUUUUGUCGAAGCGGUCUACGUCGUAUUCGCGGCCCAUUAUUGUAGUGCCUUUGGGCGUUCGGCAUGGGACUACAUAGCUGUCACCGUAGACUGUUUCCUCGCCAAGGUUCGCUUCUGAUUGAAACUGCCUUUUGGGAAGUAUACGUGAUUGUGAAACUGUGGGUCGGGGCCAACGUGCCAUUGAACUAGCUGGCGCUUGUUUUAUUGAGGAUGAUGUUGCCUACGAGAGAACGUUUGAGGACGACCGUAAAAGCACUAUUGGUGAUUUACGAGCGUGAGCGACAAGCUCUGAAGCUCUCCCGGUGGGGGGUUCGGUCCUCGCGCACGCCCCCAUGUGGUUGCAUCUGUGUAACCACGCCACUCUUGCCGUUGCCCUGGUGCAUUCCUCGUACAGCAGUACUGGGCGAUCAGAAUCGGCUUAGACAACGGUACAAGCAAUCCCACGGAAAAAGCUGCUUCCCCAACAAACAGGGCAACCUCCAACAGAGCCGCACUGUCCCACUUCCAUGCUAUUCUCGGACAUCAAAUCUCUCCGGUGUCCGUACAAAAAAAAACACACACACACACACGCUAAGAACAGCCUCUCACAGGACCUUUCCACCCAGCAGAGCACAAGCAAGGUCUCGGUGACAAUAUAUUUGCUGUCAUUUUGACGCAUCCGUCAUUCUAAAACAACAUGUCACGGUGUUGGACGUCUGGAAUAGAUAUGAGGAUCCGCAGAACCUUGAACCAAACAUGAGAACAACCAAACAAAUGUCCUCCUUCGAGGGAAAACCGGACGUGCGUGAAAGCAUCGCAAUGCCCCGUCAUAAUGCUGUAGCUCCACUUCUUGCUGUUUAGCCAAAUCUGAAGGGGUCGGAGGGAGUUACAAUAUUUCCGGAAACACUCCGAAUAUUUCAUCACGUGUGCGAUAUCCUCGCCAAAAGGGGGAAGGAGUCUCGUCGCUUGCCGCGUCAAGAAUCGUUGCACCUCAAACUCAUAAAAACAACAUGCAUCACCUCCCAAUGCCAUGGUUGACAGGAGUACGCGGGCCUUAUGAAAUCAAUCUGAACAAAAUCAUGUGUGGUUGUCCGACGAGCCAUGUGGGUUGUUCAACACUUGGCGAGGUCAACAGCAGUCACAAAAAGGCCUCUUUUUUCGUGCCCACGUACAGCAGUAGUUUCCACCCACCCCAGACAUAUAAAAAAAAAUUGGUCGGAAAAGCCAAGUCCUUUGUUCCCCCGGGGAACAACUAUUUAACUGGGAACAAAUUACUGUAUCUAGUAGCUACGGAGCAACUUCCAAGCGAAGUGACUCUUCGCCAUAUCCGGGCAGGUUUCCAGUCAGGGUGCUCCCACCAAAGACUGUAUCCCCCCCACCAUCCAUCCUCGCCUCUCGCCCGCGCAACCAGUACUCACCCCCGUCGCCUGUACGCGCCAAGGCCCGUGCCAUCGCCGGCAAAUCAUCCACGGGCGUGCGCCCCGGAAGCCCAUGGAGAUCCUACAUCACAUGGACCGUUCCUCCUUCGACCGCUGCAGGCGUAGAUGGCGCAGCAGGACUCGAUAACGGUGGGGGCGCGGCUGCGGCGCUCGAUGAUGCCAUAGCCGCCUCGUCGCUGCUCUGCUCAGCCCGUGCCACUCGCGCUUCAGCGGCAUCCAACAAUUUCUGAUAUUUCUCCCGCAAAAAGUCCGAUGAUGCAGAAUCGACCUUUGCUUGGAGCCUCUGAACAUCGUCGAUGAAUCCCUCCAUGGCAAGGUCCUUCGCUCGGUCCUUCUCUAUAUCACCGAAAGCAGGUUCGUCUCCCCGUACUUCCUGCUCCGCUACUUUGCGCCACAAGGCGAUCACUUGCUUCGUGUCGGCUACCAGCUCCGCCCUGUCAUCGGAACCCGUCUUGGGUUUCUUUUGCUUCCGAGAGUUGUUGUUGCCAGAGGAACGGGCGGGUGUCGCCUCACCUCUUCCUCGGACCCCGGGUCCACCCGGAACGCUGCUGCCUGAGCCUGGGUGUCCAUCGGGGAGGACGAUAUCGCCGGGGCGGUAUGUCUCGUCGUCGCCUCCGCCGGAGAGCUCGAUACCGUCCUCCCAGAGCAUUGUCGGUAAAGAGCCCCGCAUAAACUGGAACGGAUGACCGGCGUUGACGAAUCCCCCGUCCUGAGUUGCGUCCGCACCGGCCCCACCACUUCUUUGCUCGUUCUGCUUGAAUUUCUGAUGUGCCACGGAGAGCGAAGAAACGGUCCACGUUCGUCGGAAAUGGGACGGGAACAAAGCCGUGAGUCUUGAGUGGUGAAAUCUGAUGUCGCUAACAAUAUUUUCUGCAUUCCACGUGGUACUUGUGUUGGG